AUGGUGUUUCUAUUCCAGAUGGGCAUCGGGAUCUCGUUGAAUUUAUUCCUCUUCCUCUUUUAUUCCCGCACGGUCACUGCCAGCCGCAAGUUCAGCCCCUCAGACUUGAUCCUCAUCCAUCUGGCCUUCUCCAACGCCGUCAUCCUCCUCAGCUUCGGACUCUCGGAGACCCUGUCGUAUUGGGGACUGAGAAAUUUCCUCAGCGAUGUCGGAUGUAAAAUCCUCAUGUACGUUUACCGAGUGGGCCGGGGCCUGUCCAUCUGCAGCACCUGCCUCCUGAGCGUCUUCCAGGCCGUCACCAUCAGCCCCGGGACUACCCGCUGGGCCCGGAUCAAAGCCAGGCUAGCCAGGGGCGUCGUCCUCUCCUGCCUCCUCUCCUGGGGCCUCAGUCUGCUCGUAGAUUUAGACGCCCUGUUCAACAUCACGGGCCCUCGGAACAGCAGCGUCGCCAGAAUGAUGUUGGAUCUCAAAUACUGUUCAAAACUCAGUGACAGCGCGGAAACCACCCUGCUCAUCGCUGUCGUGUUCUCCCUCCGCGACCUGUUCUUCGUGGGGCUCAUGAGCUUGGCCAGCGGCUACAUGGUUUUUGUCCUGCACAGGCACCACCGGCAGGUGCGACACCUCCACGGGUCCGGACGCUCCUCCGGGGAGAUGCCCGAAGUCCAAGCGGCCAAGAGAGUGGUUGCCCUGGUCACCCUCUACGUCCUCCUCUACGGGCGGCAGUCCGUCAUGCUGAGCGUCAUUCUGAACCGGAAGGAAAAGUCUCCUCUGCUGACGAACAGCCACCUGGUGUUUUCAAUCACCUUCUCCUCCAUGAGUCCGCUUCUGAUGAUCCACGGCGACCGGAGAAUGAGGACGUUCUGGAAAAGGGAAUCUGCUGUGUCCCACGUGGAUUCUGCAGUAGAAUUCCAAGGAAGCCGCCUGCCUGCCCAACGAGAGAAUUCCUAG